AUGGGUGGAGGGAGAAUAAAUAAUGGGAACGGUGUGGUGAGCGCUGAAUGUCAUGGAGUUGGAGUAGAGUCAGUUUCUGUGCAGCAAGUUGAUGCAAAAGUUGAGGCUCUCACUAGAAGGUUUGAUGAUCCCCUUGCAGUUGUUAAUGGUGCACCGUAUACAGCUGCAGAAGUUGAUGCAAAAGCUGACAAUCAUUCCUCUCAAUCACAGUGGAAAAGGGAUAUCAAACUUGAUGUGGACAUUAUCAAUGAGUUUCACUGUUUGGAACAGUCCCAUCAGAGUGUUUUAUCGUAUUGUGAAAAGUUUGAGAAGAUGGUGGAAGCACUGGUGGCCAUGGAUUAUGGUUUCACUGAAGACUAUCUCAUUUGCAGUUUUCUGAGCGGGCUUAAGGAAGAUCUUAGAUCUUUAGUUUGCGAUACCAAACCAAAGACCCUGUCUGGGGCUUUUAUCUGUGCAAACACUCUGGAGCAACAUCCUGGAGUCAAUGAGAAGUUAAGCUCAUCAGAAAUGAAGGUUACUGAAGAACAUUCAAUCAAAGUUGAUUGCUCUUUCGACGACUCCCAAAAGUUGCAUGGUUUAUCAGGAAAAAAGGGAUUAAGCAUCAUAUGCUGUACUGGCAUUCCAUGUAGCUUGCUCGACAGCAAAGCAGCAGUAAUGGCAGGCUGCAAGUUGGAGGAAACUGAACCUCUGCUAGUGAAGUUUGUCGCAGGUGGCUAUCAGGCUGCGAGCAGAUUCAGAUCAAGGUUUAAGUUCGCGAUUGAAGGACACGAAUUUGAAACCGAUGUGAGGAUCGUCAACUUACGAGGAUCUGACAUGGUGCUAGGCUGCAACUGGGUGUAUCAUUAUGAUGUCGACAUUCUCGCUGGCGAGGAAGCUACCUUUGUCAAAGAAGGAAAGCGAUUCGUUUUGCUGAUGCCUUCCACCCCCUGA